CAUUUUGAUCCAGCUCAGCAAAGAAGACCUGAUGCAAGUCUGAGCUAUGUGACCAUAGGAGAUACUAUAUAUCUUGAGUCACAAUGUCUAGAUGAGGUCAUGGAAUACUUGAGAUGAAAUUAAAGUGACCUGAACUCAAGAGGAGGCAAACAGCAUGCACAACACUCAGACAGUCCCAGUUACUAGGAAAUGUCUUCCUAACCAGAAACAAUCCCAUCUGGGACUCCACAUCGCCAGCUGACACCUUAGGUCAUGGAAAUGUUUCUGUGAUGUAAAAAAUUGUUAUGGUUGGGUGACUCCAGUAAACAUUCUGUUUCAAAAAAAAUCUGAAAUAGAGAGCACAAUAAAUUACAUAUAGCAAUAUAAGAAAGGGAAGAAUCAACAAGCAGACCGCCUGAUUCCUUAACAACACCAUGGACUUUUUGAACUUUGACUUUGAGGAGGAUGAAGAUGAGAAUGGCGAGAUGUCGGAAGGCAGCACUUCUGCAGAGAUACUGUCUGUUACUGACACCACUGACAAAACAGAAGAGAAGUCAAGGGAUGAAAAUUCUGACACAGACCUUGAGAUAGAAGAUGUUGACCGAUCCUUUGCAACCAUAAAGGGUGCAGAACUCUACAUAGAGGCUUGCAAGCUGGUAGGAGUGGUUCCUGUCUCAUACUUCAUUCGUAACAUGGAAGAGCCCACCAUGAACCUUAACCAUCAUGGGCUUGGACCCAAGGGAACGAAAGCCAUUGCCAUUGCUCUGGUUUCCAACACAACCAUCACCCACUUAGAGCUAGAAGAUAACUGGAUUCUGGGCGAAGGAACCACAUACCUGGUGCAGAUGCUGCGGGAGAACUGCUACAUCCAGGAGAUGAAUAUUUCCAAUAAUCAUCUCAACACAGAUGGAGCUGAAGCUAUCUGCAGGAUGUUCUACAGUAAUAUUUCAAAUAUCCGGACUGUUCAGCUUUCAGGAAACAACUUUAGGGAAGAGACAGCACUAUAUUUUUCGGAAUCAUUAAUGGUCAAUUACAGAGUGAUAGAGCUGGACCUCAGCCACAAUGAGUUUGCUGACAAGGGAGGAGAGCAGCUGGGACAGAUGCUGGCCAACAAUGAAUCGCUGGAGGUUCUGAACCUGAGCUGGAAUCACCUGCGCAUGAAGGGGGCUGUAGCCCUGAGUGCAGGCCUCAGGGCCAAUGGAUCAUUGAAGGUACUUGACCUUUCAUGGAACGGUUUUGGGAAUGAGGGUGCUCUGGCCCUCGGGGAAGCCCUCAAGGUCAACAACGUGCUAAAUGAGCUGGACAUCAGCAGCAACCAUAUCAACAAUGAAGGGACGUUAAAGUUGUGCAAGGGGUUAGAAGUUAAUGGUACCCUUAGAAUCCUGAAGAUGUCCCACAAUCCCAUUACAGUAGAGGGCGCCAUUGCUCUCGUCUCAUGUGUCAGAAAGAAUACAAGCACCAAAAUGGAAGAAAUUAAUAUUUCGAAUGUGCUGGUGAAUGAAGGCUUCAUCAAGUUGCUGGAUGUAGUCUGUGAAAUACGGCCUGAACUAGAUGUCAUCUUUGGAGCGGUUGGAGGCCACGUUGCCCAUAAGAUUCCACCACGGCCAGAUGCAAUGAAGCUGAUUCAGAACUAUUUAGAUGAACACAAGUUGAGGCUCUGGGACUUCUUUAAGAAUAUGGACAAAUAUGGCAACAUGAAGAUUCCCGUGGCGGAGUUUAGAAGAACCAUGAUGCUGCAAAAAAAGAUCCCCUUGGACCGGGUACAGGUUGUGGAACUGGUGCGUAAGCUAGACCAAAGGAAGACGGGGUACGUGGACUACAGUAAUUAUAAAGUUGAGGAGCCAGAACAGAAGCCUGAGGUGGAGGAAGAGGAAGAAGAAGGCUAA